AUGGCUAGUUGUCAACCUAAACACUCACAAUUGCCUCCCACUGAUUAUGAUUUACGAAAAUUGGUGCUUGCUUGUCAUUUUCUUUGUACAGCGGAUGAAAGAAGACGUAUACCAAUUUUACUUCGUCAUUUAAAAUCAAAGGGUGAUGAGACAUUUAAACAAUUUAAUGAAAGAGCAAUCGAAAAAUGUGAUAGUUUAAAAGAAAUAUGCGAGGUUUUAUUAACAUAUAAACAAAUGAAACCGAACGAUUUGCAUAGAUUUGUAGCAUUUGUUCAUGAAAUGAAUUUAGAAAAAAUGGAUAAUUUUGAACAAUUAAUUAAGGAUUACAAUGAAACGUUUUCAUUACACUAG